AUGGGUAACUUCUGCGCUUGCUAACCUAAAAAGUCCUCAAACAAUCUCUACCUUUAAUCAGCCUAUAGAGAAUCUACUCAAGCUAAUGAUGCUGAUAUUUUGAGAGGGCAUGCAAAAGACUUUAGGGUGAAUAAGUAAAAGAUUGAUGAGCUUUCCCAGAAAAUACAUGAUUUCCUCUUAAAUCUAGCAGACACUGAUAGUUAAGAUCAAUACCUGGAUUUAGAGUAAUCUAAUGAAAGAAAAGUUAUUGAACUAGGAAUGCUUAUUGAUAAAUGUGAUAUAAAUGAGAAUGAAUAACUAGGUGACCAUGUUGUUCUUGACUUUACCAAAAGCUUGUUUAAUUAUAGGAAUAAACUUGAUGAUAAUGAAUCAGAGCUAUUUGAACUAAAAAAAUAAUGGAGAAAGUUCUUAAUAGACAAUGAUAUGAGCUAAUAAUUAUAAGAUGAUCUUUUGCAAAUGUUUUAAAAAAUUUAAUUGGAGUCUGGAAACAAUAAAUAAAUACUAGAUGGAAUCAAGGAUUUAAUAAUUGAUCAUAAAGAGCUUCUGAAAGUGCUCUUAGAAGACGAAUAAGUUAAGGAAGAUUAUACUCACAUUUCUGAAAUUUUGAUCAGAAGAGAUUAAAAGAUGAAGAGUUAUGAGAACAUUUAUAAUGAUCUUCAGGAGAGAUUUGUAAUGUCACUUGAGAAAAUUCAAGAGUUAGUGAGUGUAUUCACUCAAAUCAAUGGAGAUCAAAAGUUAUUUGAUUAGGUUAGGUAAAAUGAAGAUGCAGUAUAAGGAUUAGUACAGGCUAUUGACUUGAGAUUGAUCUCUGCUUUUGAAGAUUAGGUUAAAAUUUAUAAAGACAUUAAGAUAGAUUUAGAAUUAGUGUCUGAUAAAAUACUUGAUCUUUAUGUGGUCCUUCAAGAAAUUUUGAAUAGACUAAACGAUUUUGAGAGAACAUUGUAAAAACACAGUGAAGAGAGUUUGAGAUAGCUAGAUAUUAAAAUACUCUUACCUUAUAUUCAAUGUCUAAGUGAGUUAAGUUUUGUGAUUAACGAGCAGAGAGAUUUAAAUGAGGAAGUUGAGUUAGACAUUGAACAUAAAAAAUUGAUAUUUGGGGAAUCUAAUCUUGAUGAAAAGCUUUAGUCUCAUUCUUAGCAAUCACUUUAGUAAAGAGAGUCAAUCAAUGAGGUAAAGUCAGAAGUAAGAACGAUGCUAGGCUUGUUAGAGGAUUUAAAGGAAUAUGCCUCAGAUGAAGAAGAGUCUUAGCAAAUCCUAACUAAUAAAAAUUCUAUUCUAAGUAUGAAAGAGUUGAUUAAGUCAGUUGAUGAAUAGUGCACUAAAUCGGAACUUGAAAUUGAAAAUUUGAUAAACGAAGUUUAAGAUUUUAGUGCAAGAGGUGAGGAUUCUGAGAAAUUAUUGCUAAUAGAAAAGCUAAUGAGUAUCGAAAAACUAAUCACACUUAAUGAUAAUGCUGUAAAUAAAAUUAAUGAGAAAUUAAAGAAAAAAGCUAAGACUUUCUCGUUUUAUGAUUUAUAGAGCAAGUAUAAAAAACGCUCUAGAUAGAUCUAACAAAGCUCUUUUUUAAGAGACAAAGUGAAAAGGUAAAUCUAGAAAUUAAGGAACAACAAUGAAAAUAUGAUGGAACAAGGAGAGCUUAAAAUAGAUUAAAAGAUAAAUGAAUUUUGUGAUUUGCAAGAGAAGUUUAGUAAAGUACUAACUUAGUAGGAAAGCAUACUGUAGGAAAAGAUUUUCCCUCAUAUUCCUAAGGAUCCUCUUAGUAUAAAAAACUCAGAAUAAAAUAAACUAUUUUAAAGAUAACAAGACAUAAAGGUGAAGUUAUAGGAUUUAAACUAGAAAUAUUUGCAACUUUCUGAAAGCAUUCAGAAUUUUAAACUAUCAAAACAGAAAAGUUUAAAUCACAAUAAAAAUUAAAAAGAAACUUUCAGAUUGCCAUUAUAUGUAGCUAUUCCAGGCGAUGAAAUAGAUUAAUAAGUUGCUGAAUACAUAAAUAAAGCUUAAGAGCAGGAGCCCAUUCCAGUUAAGAUACAAAGAAUUGACAAUGCUCUCUACUAGUUUGGUAGUAAAAAGAUUUCAAUAAAAGUAAUUAAAAACAGUUUGAUGGUUAAGCUUGGAGGUGGAUAUAUUUCCCUUGAAGAUUUUAUUCAAACAUACGGAGAAAGAGAACUAAAGAAGUAGCAAUUAAAGGAGACUGAUGAAUUGGAAAGUCUAUCAAAUAUAUCAGGUCCUCUGGAUAAAAGAAUCAAAUCCUUCAUAACUCUAAAUGGGUCUUCCAAAAGUUCGUAAUUUUGA